AUGGGUGAGGAAAAAAAACUCCCCCAAACCUGUGAAGGCUGCACCUGCAGUGGCCAGGAAAAGCAAUCUAUCAACAUUGAAGACUGCCAGGAAGAAUUGCUGGCGUUGCAGAGGCGCACUCAGCAGCUAGAAACCACAUUAGCCUCGCUCAAGGUAGAUGGAACAUCCAAAGAAAAGAGUUCGCCAAACCAAGGACUGCGUUCCCGCAAAUGGUUUGGCAAAGAAACCGACCCAGCCAUGGGGUCGAUUUAUAUAGAGCGGUACCUAAACUACGGUAUGACGAGGGAGGAAUUAACAUCAGGAAAGCCGAUUAUUGGCACCGCUCAGUCCGGGCCGGACCUGAUGCCCUGUAACAGAUACCAUCUGGAGCUGUCCAAGCGAAUCCGGGAGGGCAUUAGAUCCGCGGGGAAGGUAUCGCAUUUGAGUUCCCAUUCACCCCAUCCAAGAAAGCUCUCGACGAACAACUACUUGUUUGGACAGAAACCUUGCUUAACUAGUCUUGUGGAGAUCCUUUAUGCGUAUCCUUUGGAUGGUGUGAUGCUUUUGACGGGCUGUGACAAAAUAACGCCUGCGUGUUUAAUGGCAGCGGCUACUGUGGUGAAAAUUCCCGCUUUAUGCCUCAAUGUUGGCCCGAUGAUCAAUGGCUAUGUCAAGAUUGAGUUAGCCGGUUCGGCAAUGCUGGCGGCUGGAGAAAUGAAUCGUGAUCAAUUCAUCGACUAUGUCUCCAACGCCAUCUGUGGGUCACUGCAACACCAUGGAACAGCAUCCACUAUAAAUGCUCUCAAAGGGGCAUUAGGAAUGGCUCUUCCUGGCUCCGCAGCUAUACCUGCGCCUUACCGCGAGCGAGCGCAAUGUGCCUACGAGAGUGACAAGCAAAUCGUAGAAUUGUUGUUGACAGAUAGAAAGCCUAGUGAUACUAUGACGCAGGAGGCUUUUGAUAACGCUAUUGUUGUCAAUUCAGCCAUUGUGGGAAGCACAAAUGCAAUCGCAAAGCACAUGGGUGUUGAUUUGACUGUUGAGGACUGGGACCAAGUUGGCUUCAAUAUACCGCUACUGCUCAACAUGCAACCAGCAGGAGAAUACUUGGGAGAAGAAUAUUUUCGUGCAGGCGGUCUUCCCGCUGUCAUGACUGAGUUGCGUGAUGCAGGGAAGCUCCACCCUAAUGUACUCACCUGUACUGGGCAGUCUGUUGCAGAUAACGAUCGUCGAAUUAUCUGUGAGUAUAAAGACCCAAUACUGGUAAACGCAGAGCUUCGUCAUCUCUGGCGCACAUUAUUCAAUUCGGCAAUCAUGGAAACCUGCGUGAUAUCGGAUGAGCUUAGGAAUAAAUUCCUACAAAACCCAGACGAUCCCGAUGCCUUUGGGGGCCCUGUUGUUGUUUUUGAUGGUCCCAAGGACUAUCACCAGCGGAUCGAGGAUGAAUCGACACCAGUUGACGACCGAACACUCCUCAUUAUACGCCGCACCGGCCCGCUCGGCUACCCAGGGGCCGCAGAGGUGGUAAAUAUGCACCCACCGGGUCGGCUGCUGAAGCAGGGGGAUGGCAGGCAAUCGGGAACUUCAGGGUCUCCCUCCAUUCUGAACGCAAGCCCCGAAGCAGCAGCUGGACGAAAUAUUGCAUUGCUAAGGGAUGUUGACAUCUUGAUGUCAGCCGAGGAGUUGAAGAAGCGAAAAGAAAUUCUAGAGAGCAUGGGUGGGUAUCAUGGACCGGAAAGUCAUACUCCAUGGCAAAAGCUUUUCCGAAAGGAAACCGAUCAGCUGAAUGAAGGAAUGGUAUUGCGGGAAGCUGACAAGUACCAACGAGUGGCCCAAAAGUGGCUUGAGCCUAGACAUAACCAUUGA